AUGAGGGACAAGGGCGGAUCCCAAGGAUUGGCGUUGAACAAGAACAAUAAGAUUGAGUCUGAUGGGCCGAGGAGCCCGAUCCCCGGCAUCAGCAGUGGGCGUCUGGCCGCCGUGCGUUCACGAUUGAGGAGUCGGGAGGUGACGGAAAGAAAACAGGUGGGAGAUGCUGAGAGCAUGAUUAACGAGGAGCCCAGUGUGGUACAGCCAGGGGGAGCCAGUCAGUGGCUGGAAUGA